AUGGGCACCGAGCGAGGCGGCCCCGAGCCUGCCUGCCGCGAGCAGUUCCGGGCCGCGGUCAGCGUCAUCCAGAGCCUGCCCCGGACAGGCUCCUACCGCCCCUCCUACGAGGAGAUGCUUCGUUUCUACAGCUACUACAAGCAGGCCACCCUGGGGCCCUGCCUGGCACCGAGGCCUGGCUUCUGGGACCCCAUCGGACGCUACAAGUGGGACGCCUGGCACAGCCUGGGCAGGAUGAGCAGAGCGCAGGCCAUGUCCGCCUAUGUCGCUGAGGUGAAGCUGGUGGCACAGAAGGUGAUUGACACAGUGCCCCUGGGAGAGGUGGCGGAGGACGCGUUCGCCUACUUUGCACCCCUGUACCAGGUGAUCCCGAACAUGCCGAGGCCCCCGGAAGCCUUCCUGAGAAGGGUCACAGGCUGGAAAGAACAGGUGCUUCCCAGUGACGACUUGGCUGUACCAGGGCCUGCCUGCUUCCCCAAGGAACCAGCACCCCCAGGCCCAGAGUCCCAGAAUCCCAGAGACCUGGACCUGGAGGUUUUCUGUGAUUGCCUGGAGCAGCUUGAGCCAGACCUGGUGAGACCCCCCCUGCCUCCCCCUCCCCAGCCCAGGAGCUGCCCUGUUCCACCUCACCUUGUUACUCAGGUCUGGACCCAGCAGAGGGGAGCGGCAGGAGGAGACCCUGAGACCGGGACCAGCCCUGAGCCCCCCAUGGAGAAGGCGGAGCUGGGGGGUGACCCACGGGGGCCCCAGGAGUUGGACACAUGGCUGGUGGGGACAGUGCGGGCCCUGCAGGUGAGCAUGCAGGACGUCCGGGACCGGCUGCACAGCCUGGAGAGCAAGCCCCGCCCACCUGUGCAGCCAGGUCUGCGGCCCUGGCCUCUCAGGCUCUCGGCUCCCACGCUGCUCUUCUUCCUCCUGUGGCCUUUCGUCGCACAGUGGCUCCUGCGACAGCUUCGGACCCAGAAGAGGUGAUCUCAGGAAAGGCCUCCAGCCAUGAACCCCAGCCCGCUGCCCCGAGCUGCCCUGGCUUCAGGGACACAGCACCAGGAAUGCCCACUGUGCCUUCCACUCCUCCCCUGAUGGCCCCAGGACCUGCUGUUCCCUCGCCUCACACCUGCCCCAGGGUCACGCCUGCCCCAUCGGCAGCUGGAUGGCCCCGGCCCCAGCCCCGAUGCUGCUCCUCCUCCCUGAGGCAGCCAGGCAAGUCAGGACUUGGAGUGGCCUCAGCCGGUGGAAAGGGCACAGCCAGUUGCCAUGCUCAGGACAAAUGACUGUUUCACCAAAUAAAACAAAACUUCAGCUUCU